AUGGAUAACGCUGACAUACUAAUGAACAUGAUGAUGCAACAGAUGGAGAAGCUUCCUGAUCACUUCUCUAACCCAAACCCUAACCCUAGUUCCCAUAAUAUCAUGAUGCCCUCCGAGUCCAACACUUAUCACCCUUUCUUUUACAACCACAACAACCAUACCCAUCUCCCAGUAUUUAACCCAACCAUGACUCACCACCACCAACCCGGUUUAAAUUUCCGGUAUGCCCCUUCCACGUUAUCAUUUCUCCCGGACAAAAGAGGAGGAGGCGGCGACAAUGCUGACAUGGAGGCGAUGCGAGAGAUGAUCUUUCGAAUAGCCGUGAUGCAACCGAUACAUAUUGACCCUGAAUCCGUGAAGCCACCUAAGAGGAAGAACGUGAGGAUCUCUAAAGAUCCACAAAGCGUGGCGGCUCGACAUAGGAGGGAGAGGAUAAGCGAGCGGAUAAGGACUCUUCAACGCCUUGUCCCCGGCGGAACCAAGAUGGAUACAGCGUCGAUGCUCGAUGAGGCUAUCCAUUACGUUAAGUUUCUCAAAAAGCAGGUGCAGUCUCUGGAGGAAGCAUGA